AUGUUGGCUAAGUUGAGAAACCUCCCUUUGUUUCAAGAUCUGAACUGGCGCCUCGCAGCCGUUGGUCUCACAUCCUCCCUUGGAGCUGUUGGUUUCGGCUUUGACAAUGGUUGGUGGGGUGGUGCCUUGGGUCUAUCAGAGUUCAAGCACAAGUAUGGUGCCUACGAUGCGAAACUUGACGCAUGGGCUCUUCCAUCACAGAAAACAUCCGUUGGAACCGGAACUGGUUCGGCGGGUAUCAUUCUGGGCUGUCUGAUGGCGCCCAUUAUUACUUCAAAGUUCGGUCGCAAGGCUGGGUUUUUGGCUUUGUCACUGCUUAUGAUAGUCGGUGUCAUUCUUGAGGCGAGUGCAAUCACUUCUUUCUGGCAACUCGUUGUUGGAAGAAUCAUUGUUUACUCGGGUAUUGGUUUGGCCUCGAAUGUGGUUCCGACUUAUUUGUCGGAAUGUGCGCCGACCCGAGUCCGAGGUGCUUUCCUUGCCCUUUAUUCCUUUUUUACCUCGUUCGGAGUGUUCAUAGCCACUGUGGUGGUCUAUGCAUCUCGCUCCCGCAACGACCAAUGGCAAUAUUUAAUCGUUAUUUGCUGCCAAUUAUUUGUCCCCAUUGGAUACUUGAUCACUCUACCAUUUCUACCUGAAUCCCCUCGAUACCUGAUUUACCGUGGUAGAUAUGACGAGGCAGCAUCCGUAAUGAAAAAUCUCAACAACAACCAGGACAACAUUCCACAGGAGAUCGAGCUUCUCAAAUUCCAGAUUGAAGAGCAAAGAGACCUCCACAAGGCUACUACCGUACUCGAUUGCUUCAAGGGCACCAAUCUUCCGAGAACCAUAGCAUGCAUGGGAGUUCAAAUCCUGCAGCAAGCCCAGGGAGUCUCUUUCAUACAAAACUUCAUCGUCACGUUCAUGCAACAGCUCGGCUUUCCAGACCCACUCCAGACCAAUGUUCUCGUGACAGGCUGCUCGUUCGCUUGUCAUAUAAUCACAUUUGUGACAUUCGAUCAGUUAGGCCGUCGAUGGUCUCUACUUCUUGGCUCGCUUGGGCUUGCAGCUACCAUGAUUGGAACAGGCGGUGCUAUCGAGUCGAGCUCUACCGUGGCAAACCUUUCAAUGGAGGCGAAGAAUGCAUGUGUCGCCCUGCUGAUUCUGUGGUAUUGUAUCUAUGGCUUCACCUGGGGUCCGGGAUGCUGGAUCGUCACCGGUGAGGUUGGAACUGGCCAACUCCGCGAACGAACCGUCUUCCUCGCUUCAAUGGGAAGUUUCCUCACGUCUAUCCCCAUCAAUUUCGUGAAUCCUUACUUGCAAGCAUCAAUCGGUGGACGUGUGACGUUCAUUUAUGGUGCUUUUUCUGUUGCAUCUUUGGUUUUCGUGUGGCUGGUCGUGCCUGAGACUAAGGGAAGAUCUCUCGAGGAUAUUGAUGAAAUGUACCAGGCUCGACUCUCACCCUGGAAGUUCGAGAGCUAUGUUUGCACAGGGAUCGGUGCGCAAAUUGCGAACUUGGAUAGCGACGGUCCAAAGCCGAGUGUUCGGGUAGAGAAAGAUGAUGCCCCGACCAAAGAGGAGGUGGAAUGA